AUGGCUUCCACGACAGAAACACAACCGCAAAACCUCGACCUCUCGGCCUUCCGCCGCCUCCCGGCUGAGAUCCGCCUGCAGAUCUGGCGCUCCACCCUCGAGCCCGACCUCGUCGCCGUCUUCCCCCUGCGCGACCUGCUCUCCCGCCGCCGCCGAACGCCCGUCAUCUCGCGCGUCAACCGCGAGAGCCGCCACGAGUUCCUGCGGCUGCACGUCCGCUUCGGGACCAAGACCCGCGUCGACCAGGAGGGCUUCGUCGACUCCGUCUAUCUGAACCCGAGGGUCGACAGCAUUGUCCUCGGCUCCUGCAACAAGCCGGGCGUCGCCAGCGCCGGACCGCUCGUCCACGCGCCGGUUCUGAAGGAGAAGGACGCGGGGAUGGUGAGGGAGGUCCGGCUGCACCAGGCCAACUUCGUGGGCACCCCGGGUCGCGGGGUGUGGGUUCCGCUGAGUUUCGAGACCGAGCCGUGGAUGUCGGCGGGGGAUGACGGGGUGGUCUCGGUGAUGCUCGAGCGGCCGCGGCGGUUCCCGAAUCUCGAGACGGUCUGGGUCGCGAGCGUGUACGAGACGAAGACGGCGUGGGAGGGUGCGGAUUAUCAGGGGGUGGUUGGGAUCCGGGGGGCGAGCUUUCGGUGUCUGCUUGACAGGGGCGAGGUUUACGUGGCGCCUAUCUCGCAGGGGGAGUUUGAGGAGGGCGUGAGGACUUUUCGGGACGGGACGGAUCCUGAGUAUGUUUCUGUCGUGAAGGUUGGGAUUGAGCGAGGGGAGGUUGAGGAUUUGAAGCUGAAGGGAUGGGAGCGUGUGGUUCCUGCGGCUGACGGGGUUGGCGGUGCCGGUGCUAUGAUGUGGAAUGUUGUCUGCGGGUAUAUCACUAGGCGUCUCUCGUAA